AUGAUUGUUUCACGAUACGGUGAAGUAUAUUGUUACACCGUGGCUGAGACGACUCCGACAGGUUCAUUCUCACUUGGUACGUACAGGGUCUCAUUAGGGUCCAAGACUUGUGAUUGUGGAUACUUCCAAGCACUUCAUUUCCCGUGUCCUCACGCCCUGGCCUGCUGUGCUUAUUCACGUCUUACAUGGCAGCCUUACGUCCACCAGGUCUAUCGCCUUAGUUCCGUUUUCGGUGUCUAUCAGAUGGGAUUUACACCUCCCAUUCCGGAGGGUUUCUGGCCACCAUAUGCCAGGCCUACCGUUAUACCAGAUCCGAACAUGAGGCGUGCGAGGGAGGGUCGUCCAAGGUCCACACGCAUUCGCACCAACAUGGAUGAUGCAGAUCCGAACCGGCCAAAGAGAUGUGGCCUUUGCAGGCAGCCAGGACACACCCGUCGUAGUUGUCCACAAGCCGUAGGACCCAGCGGGAAUGUUGGGAAUUAA